CCGCGGACGGAGGUCGGGUUAGUGAGCGCGAGAGCCCGGCAGGCCUGGGCACGGCGCGUAGUGUGCGGGUGCGUGUGCAAGAGACUGAGGGUGUGUGCCCUGGGGAGGGGCUUGAGUGCCAGCCUCCUGCCUAGGAAGAGAAAGGAAAGACAUCUACCCCUCCGUGAUCCUUGUCUUCUUCCCAGCCCAGCCUGUGGAGGAUCAAGGCCUGGCCCAAGCAGGGAGCCUGGAGGCAGAGAAAAUGGCCUCUGGGACCCAGAGACCCCCAGCCCAGGAGUUGGUGACAUUCCAGGAUGUGGCUGUAGACUUCACCCAGGAGGAGUGGGGCCUCUUGGACCAUUCUCAGAAAGAGCUGUACAAGAAGGUCAUGCUGGAGAAUGUCCAGAACCUGCUGUCCCUGGGUCUUCCAGUUCUUAGAAAAGAUCUUAUCUCCCCUUUUCAUCAAGGGGAAGCUCCAGGGAUGCUAGAGCAAAAAGGCCUAAGGAAGUCCUGGCCAGAGACCAAGUUUGAAGUGAAUGAGAGAAAUACAAAACUCAGAAUUUUUAUGGAAGAAUCUGGCCAGCAAAGAUUCAUGAAUUAUGGUCCAUGUGACUUCAAUUUGAGAGAAAUCUACAACUCUAAUAUGAAAGUGGAUAAAAAUCCUAAGAGUCACUGUGAAGUUGAUGAAAUUGGAAAGAAAGUCAGACAGUCUUCCGUCCUAAAUAACUGUAAGAAGAUGACCUCAGUGAAUGACUAUCUUCAGGAUAGUGAAUAUAGCAAAUGCUUUCCUGAACAAGUAGAGCCUUUUCAGCCCCACAAGAAGUCUCCUGAAAUGCAAAUGUAUCAAGGUAAUCAACAGGAAAUGGCCAUUAGCUGGAGUUCUGAUGUCAUUAGGUGUCAGAAAAAUAGUGGAGAAAUGCUUUAUGUAAGUAAUAAAGGUGGAAAGGUCUUCAAGCAAAACUCUAACCUUGUGAUUCAUCAGAAACUUCACACUAUGAAGGAGUCCGAUAAAUAUAAUGAAUGUGAAACAACCUUAUCUCAUCACUCAUCUCUUCCUUACCAUCCUAGAUUUCAUACUGGAAUGAGAACAUAUGUAUGUAAUCAGUGUGGGAGGGCGUUUGAUUGGAACUCAGAUCUUAUUAAACAUCAGAAUAUUCAUACUGGAGAGAUUUACAAAUGUAAUGAAUGUGGAAAGGGUUUCUGCUACAAAUCACUCCUUAUUGGCCAUCAGAGAAUCCACACUGGGGAGAAACCUUUUGAAUGUAAUCAAUGUAAAAAGGCUUUCAGAAAAAGCUCCAGUCUUACUGCACAUCAGAGAAUCCACACUGGAGAGAAACCUUUUGAAUGUAAUCAAUGUGGAAAGGCUUUUACUCAGAGGUCCCAUUUUGCUACACAUCAGAGAAUCCACACUGGAGAGAGACCUUUUGAAUGUAAUCAAUGUGGAAAGACUUUCAGAUAUAGCUCGAAUAUUCGUAGACAUCAGAGAAUCCACACUGAAGAGAAACAUUAUGAAUGUGAUCAGUGUGGAAAGGUUUUCACAAAGAAUUCCAUUCUUGCCAGACACCAAAGAAUCCAUACUGGAGAGAAACUUUAUGAAUGUGAUCAGUGUGGAAAGGUUUUCACAAAGAGCUCUAGUCUUGCCAGACACAAAAGAAUCCAUACUGAAGAAAAAUAUUUUGAAUGUAAUCAAUUUGGAAAGGCUUUCAGAGUGAGGAGCAGUCUUGCUUCACAUCAGAAUGUCCACACUGAGGAGAAACCCUAUGAAUGUAAUCAACACGGAAAGGCUUUCUCAGGGAACUCCCAUCUUGCUGUACAUCAGAGUGUCCACACUGAGGAGAAACCUUAUGAAUGUAAUCAAUGUGGAAAGACUUUCCAAAAGAACUGCCAACUUGCUGCCCAUCAGAGAGUCCAUACUGUAGAGAAAUCUUAUGAAUGUGAACAAUGUGGAAAGGCUUUCACAAAGAGCUAUCUUGCUGUACAUCAGAGAAUCCACACUGGAGAGAAACCUUUUGAAUGUAACCAAUGUGGAAAGUCUUUUACACAGAGAGCCAAUUUUGUCACACAUCAGAGAAUCCACACCAGGGAGAAACCUUUUGAAUGUAAUAAGUGUGGAAAAGCUUUCUCAUUGAAGGGCAAUCUUGCUGCACAUCAAAGAAUCCACAGUUCAGAGAAAUCUUUUGAAUGUAAUCAGUGUGGAAAGACUUUCCAAAAGAAUUUCCAGCUUGCUGCCCAUCAGAGAAUCCAUACUGUAGAGAAAUCUCAUGAAUGUGAACAAUGUGGAAAGGCUUUCACAAAGAGCUAUCUUGCUGUACAUCAGCGAAUCCACACUGGAGAGAAACCUUUUGAAUGUAAUCAAUGUGGGAGAGCUUUUUUGUUGAAGGGCAAUCUUGUUGCACAUCAGAGAAUCCACACCAGAGAGAAACCUUUUGGAUGUAAUCAGUGUGGAAAGACUUUCACACAGAGCUCCAGUCUUGCUGCACAUCAGAGAAUCCACACUGGAGAGAAGCCUUAUGAAUGUAAUCAGUGUGGAAAAGCUUUCUCAUUGAAGGGCAAUCUUUCUGCACAUCAGAGAACACAUACUGCAGAGAAACAUUUUGAAUGUAAUCAAUGUGGAAAGACUUUCAAAAAGAACUGCCAACUUGCUGCCCAUCAGAGAGUCCAUACUGUAGAGAAAUCUUAUGAAUGUGAACAAUGCGGAAAGGCUUUCACAAAGAGCUAUCUUGCUGUACAUCAGAGAAUCCACACUGGAGAGAAACCUUUUAUAUGCAAUCAGUGUGGAAAGGCUUUUACACAGAGGGCUAAUUUUGUCACACAUCAGAGAAUCCACACCAGAGAGAAACCUUUUGGAUGUAAUCAGUGUGGAAAAGCUUUCUCAUUGAAGGGCAAUCUUGCUGCACAUCAGAGAAUCCACAGUUCAGAGAAACCUUUUGAAUGUAAUCAGUGUGGAAAGACUUUCAGAAAGAGCUAUCUUGCUGUACAUCAGCGAACCCAUAUUAGAGAGAAACCUUUCAAAUGUAAUCAAUGUGGAAAGGCUUUCAGAGUGAGGGGCAAUCUUGCUAAACAUCAGAGAAUCCACACUGGAGAGAAAUCUUAUGAAUGUGAACAGUGUGGAAAGGCUUUCACAAAGAGCUAUCUUCCUGUACAUCAGCGAAUCCACACUGGAGAGAAACCUUUUGAAUGUAAUCAAUGUGGAAAGGCUUUUACACAAAGGGCCAAUUUUGUCACACAUCAGAGAAUCCACACUGGAGAAAAACCUUUUGAAUGUAAUCAAUGUGGAAAGACUUUCACACAGAGCUCCAAUCUUGCUGCACAUCAGAGGAUCCACACUGGAGAGAAACCUAAUGCAUGUCAUAUACAUGAGAGAGCUUUUAGUUACCACUCUUAGUUUAUUUAACUUAGGAGAAUUCACAGUGGAGAGAAAUCUUAGGAACAUAAUCAGUGUGUUGAAGCCUUCACUUCUUAUUUCUCAUCAGAAAAUUAAUAUCAUAUAAAAACAUUAUCACUUACUAAUAAAGGAAGGUGUUAAAUGGAGUUCAGAACUUGUUCAGUAUUAGAAAAUUAAUUCUUAUGAGCAGCUCCAAAAGGAUUCAGUUCAGGCACAGUGCCUCUUUUACUUUAUAUUAGAGGAUUCCAUGGAGAGCAGCCUUAACAGUGUGCAGAGAGGGAAUGUGUUUUCCUCUGAGGAGUGUUACCAGUAGGCAACAAUAUUGAUGCUGGAAUGAUGGCAUAUAAAACCAAUACUUGUGGGAAGGGCUUAACUAGAGCCCAUACUUGACCAUUGGAUAAAUUAUUCUGGAGAUACAACUUGGAUCUUUUUAAUAAGGGAAGGUCUCUAGGUAUAGCACAGACUUCAUUAGACCUCUCAACAAAAGAGACCUCGUUAAAUAGCCCAGAUUUCACACUGCCUAAAACACUAUAAUGAAUUUUUCUCUGAAAUCCUAAUGUUUGUCAUUACUUCUCAAAAUUCAUGGCAUUUACAUGCUAUAAUUUCUUCAGCCAUUCUCCAUUUAAUUGGUGCUUUUGUUCCUGGCCACAAAAAUUCCUCAUAAAAGUAUUUUGGUAACUGUUGGACAUCUGUUUCUGUAAUGUGGUAAGUAGCUAGGUGGUUCAGUGGAUGAAAUGCUGUGGUUGGAGCCACAAGACCUGAAAAUAAUGCAGUUUCGGUCUCUGGCACUAACUGGAUGGAUGUUCCUAGGCAAGUCAUGUAAACCUGUUCCUGCCUGAGUUUUUUCUGUCUGUAGAAUGGGGCCAAUAAGAGCACCUAUUUCCCAGGUUUGAAAUUUGUUAAAUACUUUGCAAGUAUUAAAUCACUAUGGAAAUACUAUUUUUUUUUUGUGAUAAUCAUUCUUUGGAUCCUAAGGCUUAUAGUGAAGUAAGGAAACUAAAACACGGACAAUUUACUGAUUUUUCUUUAAAUUCAAAUUGAUAUUCAGAACAAAGUAGAGGAAGGCACUACCUGUAAUGGAUAGGGCGCUGGGUUUAGAAUCAGGGAAAAUAAGUUCAAAUCCUGACUUGGAUUCUACUAAAAAAUAGGGAUCUUGAGAAACUGAUCAGAUGUGUAAUAUGCAGAAGAAAGUGGGUACAGUAACCUUUGUCUUUAAUCAAUCCAAAGACCUCAAAUGUAGGGCCAGUACUUAAUAACCAUCAUAAAAUGCUGGAAACACUGGAAAUUAGUCUGGCAGAAAAUAGAUAUGUAUCAGUCUCUCACACUAUCAACCAAGAUUAGGUCCCAGUGAAUACAUGAAGAGAUACUGUUUUGGAUAGUGGAAGAGUUCAUCUUCAUGGAAUAGUGAGGAACAUAGAAAAUAAAAUGGGAAAUUUUCUUCACAUUAGAAACAUCUAAAAUUUAAAGAUAAGCUAUUAACUGGGAAACAUUCAUAGCAGGUUUCCCUCACAAGGGCUUCUUGUAUAAGAUAUAUAAAGAAGAGAUGCUGGUUAUAUACAAGAGUAUAAAGAAAGGAUGCAGUAGACAUGGACAAAAAAUUGUGCAGGCAGUUUUGAAAGGGAGAAUUGCAAAUUAUCACUUUCUGUGAAAAAAAAUUCUAUAUAAUGCAGAUCACAAGUAAUUAGAUUUUCAGACUGAUAAAAUGUGAAUCAUAGAUACAGGGAAUUUGCUUUUCUUGAUUGUGUAUUUGUGAUAAGAGCUAUGUGUUUUUUUUUUCACCUGAGAGAGGGGCAGAUUAUUGGGGGAGAAAAUGAAUAUAAUUGAAACAAACUUCAGCAAGAAUUCUCCAAAUCAAUAAUUAGGUAAAUGCAAUUAAAUGAAUUCUCAGGCUCCACCUCACCCCCAGGCAUUUGACAAAGAAAAAAAUUAGAAGAGUUGAAAGAGCUGUGAGAAAAUAAUCACAUUAUUAUGCUGCUAAUAAAGCUAAGUUCUUCCCCGCUCCCCCCCCCCCCCCACAUACACAGGAUCAUAAUAUUGAGUAUACUCUGACUCAGUGAUACUACCAGAGGGUACAUUUCCUUAAAGGAAAAGGAACCAAGUAUACAAAAUUACUGAUACCAGCUCCUUUUGUUAUGUCAAAGAACUGGAAAGUAAGAUAUGAUAUUUCCAUAAUAGGACAACAGCUGAAGAAAUAAUGAAUGUUACGGAGUACUAUGCCACAAAACAGGCAAUUUCACUGAAAACCAGGAAAUUAGCGUGGACUAAUGCAGACUACAGGAAGUAAUUGAUAACAGUAACAACAGGAAGGCCAACAACUUGGCAAUGUCACACCUCUUAUUGAAAUUAUCAACCACUAUGCCAGAAAAUUAUUAGGAUCUCUGCAGCUUGCCUCCUAACCAAGAGGUGAUGGAUACAAGAUAUACAAUAAAAGGUAUAUUUUGUGAAA